AUGAAAAGAUCUUCUAAGUUUAAGUGCUGUGGUAUAGCAUCCAUAGUAAUCGGUCUCAUCCUUAUUGGAGUCGGAAUCGGCUGGCCCUUCAUUAUUGACUCAUUGGUGAAGUCUCAAUCCAAAGACUAAGCUGCCUUGGGAAAGGAUAAUAUGGACAAAUGGAAGGAUAUCCCAGGAAAAUAUGACAUUCAACUUAACAGGAAAACAUAUCUCUAUAAUGCCAUUAACAGAGAAGAUGUUAUCUUCAAAGGUGAGGUCCCCACUGUUGAAGAGUAUGGACCAUUCAUUUACAGAGAAUACGAUAAUUACUCAACCCCUGAAAAAUGGGAUGAAAAGAUCACCGUGCCAGGUAAGGACAAAACCAAGAAUGCAAUUAGAAUGACAUUCAACCAAUAUGCAUAAUACAAUUUUGGGGGAGAUUACGGAAAAGCAUAGGACCAAGACAUCGACAAGAAAAUCUGGCAAAUCAACUAAGCCGCUCUCGGAGUGUGGUUUGCUGCAAACCAUCCACCCGCUUGGAGACUAGGACUUAACCUACUUUACUCAGUUGUUUUGGACGGGCUUGGAAGACAAGUGCUGGACUAAGGAUCCUGGACUUUCUUAAAUAAGGUUGUUGGCAAUUAAGAUGGCAUUCAGUCUAAUCUUUUCAAUGACAAGAUCACUCCGGAAUAAGCAAAAUAGAUUUUAACUGAUCCAGACUUUGGUCUUAAUAAUGUCAACAACUACAUCAGAUGGGCUCCAAUGACCGAUGGAUCAGAUCCAUUGUAAUUCCAAUUAAUGGUUUCAGAAUUAAAAGCAAGAUUCGGUCUCACCUAUGAAGCAAUUCAAAGUGCCAUACCCAAAUGGAAUGGACUCAUCCUUUUCGGAAAAGGCUAUGUAAUCUCCUAGAGUUCAGUAAACAAUGAAAAUAAUCAGGGAAUUGCCUAUGUUCAAUGGGCUAAUUCCAUGGUUACAGGUAACCUCAGUAAGCCAAUAAGUUUCGAUUCAGUUACAUAGCAAACUGACACAGUUACUGGAUACCCAGAAAUCUCUUUCUUUUAGGUGAAUAAACUUUACCCAAAUCUGAAGCAAGACAAGCUUUAUUAGAGAUUUAAGGAUGUUAAACUAUUUGUAGGAUUUAGUGCAAAGGAUAAGCCUCUAAAUUACGAAUAUUUAUUCCAACUUAUUGAUGAUCAAGGCAAUGAGCCUCCCUCAAAAUCCUUAUUUAACAUGGAUACUAUAAAAGCUUUAUACAACGUUCCAUUCGUAGAUAUCUUAGAUGAAAAGAAACCUUAGCCUGAGGAUAUUGAUCUUACAGGCUAUUAAGAUGUUGCUACUCUACUAGGUCUCAGCGUUGAGCAAACUUAUUUGAUAAGACUAUGGCUAGAAUACGUAAAGCAAACUACUUUCCAAAGGAGUCAAGCAACAACAGAGAUUGCCAUUAUUUCCCAAUUGACUUCAUAAUAGAUGCAAUAAACCAUUUCAACUAUGGAAUAAGAAGUUCCACUUAUUGUUUAUACUGAAUAAUUAGCAUCUAUUGUAGAUGUUUAAAAAGUUGGAUGCCUAAAAUUCUAUAGCGAUGAGUUUAAAUUCAGCACUGACUUGCAAUAAAAUCUUUGCAGCGGCGGAAAACUUGGCAUAAAGACCUUUGAUUUCAGUGAUGUAAGAGUAACCAGCAAGGCAUGGAUGAGCAUCCUACUACAUAAUAAUACACUAGAUGCCUCGGAUUAUGCAGACCUUCUCUUUUUGAGCAGUAUGUCAACCGAUGACCUGAAUAAUCUAUUGUUUUUGUCUACUUCUACCAUCCAAACAUAUUUAACUAAGAAUGUUUUCGGACCAGUUUAUGCAAAGCAUAAGGAUACUGUCUGCACAGUGAGCUAAUUCCAAAUGUGUACUCCUAAAGAACUAGCAUACUAGUAAUGGCUUGAUCUAAGCAUCCUCUCAUAGCCAGACGCUACAACACCUGAAUCAUACGUCAAUCAGUUCCCAGCUGAUACAAAGUUGAAACUUGCUCCUGAGCUUGGUUACUUCUUAUAUAAGGCAGGACUUGAUAAAGUUUCAAUAACUCUUGGAAAUGUUGUAACAUUCAUGUAACUCAACAGGCUGUAUAACCUCGAGAUCAUAGGUGAUAUUUUGCUCAAUGUCAAAUCAGACUAUAUUGAUGUAUUCACAAAUGAGCAGAUUAGAAGAUAUAUUAGAUACAUCAUGGUUGAAGGUGCACUUGGAGGAUUAUUCUAAUACAGAACUCCAAGAGAAUAUCUCGAAGGAUUUAUAGAUCCAACUGUUUAUCAAACAGCUUAAUUGCCAGUCUGGAAUGGUGGAGAUCAGACAAAUGACCCAUUCAUGUCUAUCAACUACUCUCCAACUUCUCCUAAAGACAAUCCCAUUGUCUUCUUCUCUGGAACUGACGACUACUUGUACACUCGUUCAUUCGGUUUAUGGCUAGAUUUACCGUACAUUACAAUGAAACGCAAGGACUACACUUCUCUUUUCAAUCUUGAAGCUGUCUAUGCUGAUCCUUGGAUCCAAGCUGAUGGAACUGGUGGAAAAGAGUAUCUUGAGGGUACUGAUGGUUUCUAAUUCCACCCAGACCUUUAAUCUGACGAUAGACUCUGGGUGUGGGUUAAUGACCUCGGUAGAAAUGGAUAUUUCGAUUACUACAGCGAUGAUACUGAUGCCUAUGAUGGACUUAAGAUGAUGACUUACCAGAUAUCACCAGAUUUGAUGAAAAAGGCAAAUAAGGACAAUAAGAAAUUCGGCACCUUCCUUGAUGGAACUUCUCCAAUGUUUACAAUCCUCCAAGCUCCUGUUCUUGCUUCCAAAGGCCAUUUCUAUCAGAUUGAUACCAUUGCAGCUGAUAGUGUUGCUCAAAUCGUGACAAAGGGUGAUCGCAAACCAAUUUUGCCAAUUCAAUCUGAAGACGAUACCUUCCUUGGCAUGGAACAACACUCAGGUGUCAAUGUUCAAGCCAGACAGAGACUUUAACUUAAUUUCUAUAUCGCAAAGGACAAUCUCUUCAAUUAUAUUAAGCCAGACAGUUUCAUAAUUACUCCCCUCACUUAUGUAAAGAGAGAAUCUAUCAUGACUAAAUCUCAAGUUAAAGAUAUUCUUGGUGAUCUCUAUGUUGCAAGAACAGCAAGAACUGCAGGUUUAGCAACACUUCUCUCAAUUGGAGUAAUUCUAUUGGGACUUUCGAUCUUCAUGUUCUGCAGAUUCAGAAAGGUCAAGAAGGAGGAAGAGUAUGGAAUCUUCGAUACCAAGAAAAAUCAAAAGCAAAUCAACUAAUCAUCAGAUGGAACCCUUUUGGGAGGUGACUCAAUUACUAAAUCAUGA